GGGCGCGGUGCGCGCGCUGCCCGCUGCCCACCGCCCCUUCCCGCUGACCGCCGCAGUGGCCGGGCGCGUGUGCGCGGCGCCGUGACCCGCCGUGCCCCCGCUUCCCCUCCCCUUUCCCUUUUCCCCCCCUUUCCCCGGUACCGGCUACCGCACCGGCCCCGCCCGGCCUACGACCGACCCUCCUUCGCACGCCCCCGAUCUCCGAGCCCCCGCCGCUAUGGCCGACGAGCUGGACUUCACCACCGGCGAUGCCGGCGCCUCCUCCACCUACCCCAUGCAGUGCUCGGCGCUGCGGAAGAACGGCUUCGUGGUGCUCAAGGGACGGCCCUGCAAGAUCGUGGAGAUGUCCACUUCCAAGACGGGCAAGCACGGCCACGCCAAGGUCCACUUGGUUGGUAUUGAUAUUUUCACUGGUAAAAAAUAUGAGGAUAUUUGCCCAUCGACUCAUAACAUGGAUGUUCCAAAUAUCAAGAGGAGUGAUUACCAGCUGAUUGGUAUUCAGGAUGGGUAUCUCUCCCUGCUGACAGAAAGUGGUGAAGUUCGUGAGGAUCUAAAGUUGCCAGAGGGAGAUCUUGGCAAAGAAAUAGAAGGAAAAUUCAAUGCCAAUGAAGAUGUGCAGAUAUCCGUCAUAAGUGCAAUGAAUGAAGAAUGUGCUGUAGCCAUAAAGCCUUGCAAAUAAAGAGGAUCCCCAGGCUCGGGCAACUGCUCAGGUCUGGACAAACCACAGAUCUAUAAAUUUGGUUCUUAUUGUCACCAAAGCUCUGGCCUUCACAAGCAACCUCAUUUCUUUUUUGAAUUGUUAAAAAGCAGUGCUGGAUUCUGGAUUAGUGUUGCAGGCUAACUGGCAGUUUUCAAAAUCACUGAGAUUUUAAUUCCUUAAUUGCAACUAUUUUAACAUUCCUGUGGGUUUCAGCUACGGAUCUAAGAAACCAAUCAGGUGUUACUAGUGGAUAUAUUUUUAUUUGCUUGAGCAAAACAGUGUUUGUCUGUAUGAACAGACAAAAUACAGUAUUCAGGGGCUUUUAGAUCAGCUGGUAGGUAUCUAGGAUUAUAAAGUGACCUAGAGCACAAAUAGUAUUUUUCUUGACAUGUUUAGGUAGAACUGACAAUAAAAGUAGCAAAAUUUUGGUUGAUUUUUUUUUUUUUUUUUAAGCUUAAGUAUUUUGUGGAUUGGGACUCUUGCAGAACUGUAGGUGCCAACCGCAACUUUUAGACCAAGAAACUCAAGUGAUCAGAAAUGCCAGCUGGCUUGACCAAGCCCCAGUGGCCAUGUGCAACUUAACUGUAUUACCUCUGUAUUCUUCUUUGCCAACUUGUUGGCUUAUUGUAAUGAUAAAAUGGUGUCAAAGCCUACCUGUGGUUUAGGCAGGCAGUUGGAAUAUUGGGUAGAUAAGAUAUAGGUCAAGGAGACAGACACAAAGGUGAGAAUGGAUGUUAAAGCUAUAGACUUUCACUCGAGGCCUUUGUCAGACUUGAAAAAUAAAAUAGAAAAAUGCAGUUCAAUUAAUUGCUUUCCUUUAUUGUAUUUAUCUUAAACUAUAAAAGGGUGACAAAAUCCAUGGGAAUCUGUUGCAGUGCUUCCAGCUUUAGGUUUUAAUCUUCAAGUUCAGACCAUAUUUUUGUAGCACAGGAACCACACGUUUUUCAAAAAGUGGGACAGACUGUAGUGUUGAGCCUAAACUAAACUCAUGCAAUUGUUUUUAAAAAGAAUAAACCUGUUUUCAAAAUACAGACUUGACAGAGGACACCGAACAACCAUGGCUUAACUAUUAAAGUAAAUAAAUUGCUGCACAAUUAUGAAAGCUCCUCUCCAAGGGAGUUCUGAGUCAUUGAAACACACGUGCAUGCCUGUAACUACUUAAGUCGCUUAACAGGCAGACACAAGGCUUCACAGAACUAGUUAUGGAAGGAUAACCAACUUACUUCUGUCCUAAGACUUGGUGAGUCUUUCUGAACAGGAAACUUCUUUAGCCCAUGGCUCAGACUUCUCUUAAGAACUUGAGAAUUGUUUCAUGAGCUUGCCUUAAGCUUGAGUGGCUGUUGGCUGAUGGAGGAGAACUCGUGGGGUGCUGCACGCGCAGCCUGCGCUCAGUUGGCAGCCAGAGUCAGACUUUGUGCUGCUGUUAACUGCUUAAAAUGUUUUCAGCCUAAUAGUAGGUAAUCCCCAAAGGGCUCGUGGCAACUGUCCUGAACUGCCCUUGUACAUACUGCAGCAGGGCUUAGCAAACCUUGGAGGUCUAAUGCAGAUGGCAAACAUCCAUUUUCCAUCCAGACUUCUCCCAGAGGGGAGAGCAGUGCGACGAAGGUGAAGACAGCAAUAAAUCCACUCUGGUGAUAAAGCACAGCUACUUGGGACAGCCAGCAGAAGUAGGAGACUGCCACAUGCUCUUGCCCAGCACAAUACGUGUUGCAGGGGAACUCUGUAAAUAAAUAUCACCUUGACUGAAAUGGCAAAACCACCUUUAAAAAGAGCUGUAGGUGCAAGAGGCUGACGUGCACUCAGAACAGCUUUGUGGUUUGUAGCUCAAGGCAGACUGCACUAUGCUCCUUUCUGCCUCUCUGCAGAACCUAGAAGACAGGCUUUGUUGGCUUCUGGGGUGAUGGAGACCAUUUUGAUGGUGGUCUUGACAGCAGGCUGAGCUCUGUGGUGUGAGGUGGGAAGUCCCAGGUUGCUGUGUCAAAGGAAUGCCAGAUCUAAUGCUACCACUGCAUUAGGAAUAAUCCUGGUGUGCUCCAAAAUGACAAAGACUUGGAUUUGAGGUUGCUCUGGUAGUGCUUUAGUCUACUUUCAGGUGCCUGUCCAUCCUCUAAAACAGGAAGGCAGGUAUUUGAUGCCACUGGCCCACCAUCUUAAGCAUUUCCUUAGACUGUAAGCUCUUGGGGACAGGGGCUGUUUUUUUGUCCUGUUCCUGCAAGUGGGGUCCUGGUCUGACUGGAGUUUUCAGGUACUAGAGCAAUCUAAAGAUGGGGGGGUUGAUGUCCUCCAGCUUGCUGGAAGAACCCUCCUUGGGACAUUCAGAUCUCAUUCUGUUGCAACCUUCAGUUCUGCAAGAUUUAAACAAUUAAGUACUUCAUUAUAGGUUUGUUCUUAAUAUACUAAGUUGUCUUUUGUGAAGCACUUCAAACACUAUGGAAGUGCAGAGCAUUGGUUCAUCAUGCAUGAAGUUUCCCAUAGGUGAUGAGUAGCAUGAGUCUUAAACAUAUUCCCCAAGUUUCAGUAAGGUUAAAAGUUGUUUCUAAAUUAGAAUGUGUAUUUGAGGCAUUUUUUCCAAAGUGAGAUGUUUCAGUUUACUGUCAGAAUCUGCAGCAUACUUUGUGAUCAAUAGUCCAUAUAGAUGCAUAUUUUGAAGUUCCCUAACCCAAAUGAUUAGGGAAGUUCUUUCAUAGCUUUAUUUUAAAACAAAUCUUACAAUGUACAAAGUUCUGUAGUAGUAUUAACGCUUAAACUGUCAAAACUGAAAAUCAGAAACUUCUCAUACCUGGUGGCAAUGGGUUAGAGUAAAGGCUGUGGAAAAUGAGGUGAAGAAAAGUAUUUCUACUCCAAAUAAUGCAAGUUCUUUUUUUGUGGCUCCAGUUGAUUGAGUUUCCUCUUACUACUUUACUAGAAUUGGAAAGACUGCAGUGUUUCCUGCCUCAAAUGUUGGCAAAUACUACUUUUAAGAUUUCAAUAGAGCUAAUGUUUUGCUUAUAAUGGUGGUUUUUCAACUAGGCUCUUGCUAGUUGAGCCAUGUUCUCAGGGCUGUUAUUUUUAAGAGGUUAGCUGAAUUCCAUUGUUUUAACCUAACUGCAUUCAAGCCUCUUGCAGGUUCUAAUCCACAAUGUACCCAGCAAAGGUGCACAGUCUGUAGUUUCACAAUACAAAUAAUUUUACAUGAUCUAUAAAGAUGUCAGAUUUGUUGACAGUUCCAAGUUACUGCAGGUCAGUCUCACAGAAUUCAAAAUUCAAUUAAUCCCACUUUUUGGUUGUUUUUUUUUUGUUUGGGUUUUUGGUUUUUUUUUUUGGUUGGUUUUUUUGUUGGUUGAGUAAUUUAGGAUGUAGUUUGUUACAGUAGAACUUAAACUUCAAGGGGGGGAGGAGGAAAAACAAAAUCUUGUUAAGUUUCAAGUAUCUUAACUUCUACACGGAGAAUGAAGGUGUAGAACCUGGAGUGGUGGUGGAGCCUUCAGCAGCUCAGCAAGGUACAGCAAAGGCAUCAGGAGGCUCUCCAGCAUCUGUGGUCUGGCCCUGCAGUCUCUGGCAGCUCGAGGGUAACUUGAUUUGUGAACUGAAACCAAAAUGUUUGCUAUGUAUCUCAAAAACCAAUAAUCCCUCUUCUCAGUUGUCCUGUGCUCUGUAUUGUCAGCGUGACUUUGUUUGGUGCAGCUUUCCAAAUGUAGGGAAACAGGAACGAUGGUGGUGACUCGUUUUUACUGAUCAUAGCAAAAACUUACCCUGUAAACGGGGUGAAGCAGGAAGAGGAGCCCUCAUGGUUCCAACCUGCAUCCCUCCUGGAAGCUGUUAUGUUUUCAACACUGGGCCAAUGAUCCGGGAGGGGUGUAACGAUGUCAGUGUGUGUUUUGCUCCAGAAAUUACAGAGAUGUCAGUGCUGUGGGGAGCUGGGUGCUGGCUGGGGUGACACAGGGAAUCUUUUAACGCUUUGUUGAAGCUGUAGAAUUGCUCUGCAGGCUCCAGCUCUUACCUCACAGCAGUGAGGACAGCAGCUCCUGGGGUCUCUGCCCUCCGCCAGCACCUCAGGAGAAACCCCCCCAGCCCAGCCUGUGCGAGAGCAACGCGUGCGUUCCUGUCCCACAGAGAUAACGACAGUGAUAAUAAUCAAUAAGAAAAAAAA